CCAACAAAGAGGAUAUUUUUAUCUCCAAUUUAUUAUUCACUUCCCACCUAACAAUCAAACCUCGCCCCUGCUACCUGCGAGUCCAAACUCCAAAGUGCACGUAGAUUAAAUGAUUAAUGCAAUGUCUGUGUAGUGUGUACCCACUCAUCUUAAUUUUAUUUCAACUUUCAAAAAUUUUGAUUUUUUAAUUUUUAUUGUACGAGUCAACAAGAUCCAAGCUUUCAGUUUUCUUUUAAUUGCCCCUGAUUUCUUCACAGGGCCAGGAUUGAGUAGUGAUUGACUGCCCUGUACCUCUCUCUCUCUUUCUAUAGAUAAACCUUCACCAUGGAUCGUGGGCAGUUUACGCUGAUGGGAUCAACUGUGUGUGUUAUGCUAUGUCUACACUUAUCGAUACAGCUAGUUUCUCAACAUAACAUGUCAUGGAAAAAGCCAAAGGAGCAAAAGGCAAUAAUCAUUAUUGUCCUAAUGGCUCCUUUAUACGCCAUCAGCUCAUACGUUGGUUUGUUAGACACACGAGGGAGCGCAACAUUUUUCACUUUCUUGGAAUCAAUAAAAGAAUGUUACGAGGCUCUGGUGAUGGCGAAAUUCUUGGCAUUGAUGUAUACUUACUUGAACAUAUCUAUCAGCAAAAACAUAGUGCCUGAUGAGAUUAAAGGAAGAGAGAUCCAUCACUCUUUCCCAAUGACUCUUUUCCAGCCUCAUACUGUCCGAUUGGACCACAAAAACUUAAAACUACUCAAGAAUUGGACUUGGCAAUUUGUUGUGAUCAGACCCAUUUGCUCGAUCUUGAUGAUAGCUUGUCAGCUUCUCGAUAUAUAUCCGAGCUGGCUGAGCUGGACAUUCACUAUCAUCCUCAACGUCUCGGUUUCACUCGCUCUGUACUCUCUUGUGGUUUUUUACCAUGUUUUCGCAAAGGAGUUGGCCCCACACAAACCUCUGGCUAAAUUUUUGUGUGUUAAAGGCAUCGUCUUUUUCUGUUUCUGGCAGGGAUUUCUGCUGGAUAUUCUUGUAGCAAUGGGGUUAAUAAAAUCGAACCAUUUCUGGCUAGACGUGGAGCAUUUGGAGGAAGCUCUUCAGAAUGUGUUGGUGAUUAUCGAGAUGGUUUUCUUCGCACUUUUCAUGCAGUAUGCAUACACAGCCGAGCCUUACCGCACGAGUUCUUUAGCUUCCGAAAAAAACGACAAGAAGAGCAAAUGACUCCAGAGAUAAAAAUCGCAGUAAACAAAAAAAGAAAAAAACGAAGAAGAAGAAAAUGAGACACCAUUGUUAGUCUUAGUCUGCUUCUUUGUUUGUGCACUGGUUAGUGAGUGUCUAUAUUCAUGCAAAGGGGCACUCUAUUUGGAUAUUGCAUUUUAUGCUGAAUAAUAACUGUGGCAUUGUAUUGGACCUUAGUUUUGUAGUUUAAGACUUAGAGGUUAAUAUAUAUUGGAGGAGCUCUGUUUUAUUUUAUAUGUUGCAAUUAUUAGGCUGUUUUUUAGCCAAGUAUAACCGUUAUCACCAUUAUACUCUUUUAAUAAAUAUGAAUACUUUCAUGAUCAAUCCAUAUAUUAUAAAAAAUAAUAUAAAUAAAAAUAUGAUUUCACUAUAUAAGUAUGUAUUUUUCUAUAUGUCACGAGUAAUAGUAGGAACUUUAAUGAAGUAGUUUU